AUGGCCAUACAAGAGGGACUAACUGCUGAAGAGAAUGCAAAGCUGCAUCUCCAAGAGUUAGAAGCAUUAGACGAAAAGAGAAUCGAAGCGCAACAACACUUAGAGUGUUAUCAAGCUCGACUUUCGAAUGCUUUUAAUAAGAAAGUCCGCCCCAGAUUCUUUCAGGUAAGAGAUCUCAUCCUUGCAUUACGUAGACCUAUCAUCACAACACACAAAACUGGAAGCAAGUUUACUUCGAAAUGGGAUGGGCCUUACGUAGUACAAGAAGUAUACACAAGUGGCGCUUACAAGAUCGUAGCUGAGGACGGUUUAAGAGUCGGCCCUAUCAAUGGAAGGUUCUUGAAACGAUACUAUGCAUGA